AUGGAUGAGCAAAAAAUUCUACCGUUUCCUUACCAAAUUAAAGAUGUGACACCAGAAGAACAACAGUACAUCGAUAAAGUGUUUGGUUCAAUUGUCAGUGUUUACCGGUUAUCUCGGGUUGGUCCCAAGGGUUUCAUUGUGUAUGCACCCUACAAGAAGGAAGCUGCCAACAUCUACAACAUGACCCUAAGACCCUCAGAUAUAUUUGUCGUGAGCUUUAUACGAUCAGGAACCACGUGGACUCAGGAACUCGUUUGGAUGAUAGCAAAUAAUUUAGAUUACACCACUGCGGCAGAGGUACCACUUACAGAGAGAUAUGUUCCCUUAAACCGCUUUAUGUUCUUUGAUGAAAAUAAAUUAGACGAAUUUGUUACGAACAUCAAUUCUAGGACGGAUGAAAAUACUAUGAUCGAAAUAUUGAAAGAUCGGGCUCAGUCACCAAUUAAAAUGCUUGCAACAAUGCCUGUAUCGAUUCCUCGCUUCAUUAAGACUCACUUACCAAUGUCCUUGUUGAACCCUAAGUUGCUCGACACCGCAAAAGUGGUGUACAUUGCACGGGAUCCUAGAGAUGUAGCCGUGUCGUCCUAUCAUUGUGCGAAGUUAUUCAAGAUAAUACGCUUCCCAGGUGGUUUCAAGGAAUUUUGGAAUUUAUUGUACAAAGAUCUAUAUAUAUUCUGCCCCAUGUUGGAACACGUCAAAGAAGCAUGGGAGAAAAGAUAUCAUCCCAACAUGCUGUUCUUGUUUUAUGAAGAACUUAUUACAGACUUACCAACUUCCAUACGUCGCGUGGCUGAUUUUUUGGGCAAAAAUCUGACAUCAGAGGAAACCGAACGUCUAUGCAAUCACCUUAGUGUCAAGAAUUUCAAGAAUAACAAAUCAGUCAAUCAGGAAUGGUUGAGGGAACAUGGAAUGCUUGAAAGUAAUGAAUGUUUUAUCAGGAAAGGUAAGUCUGGAAGUUGGCGCGACUACUUCGAUGAGGAAAUGACAGAGCAGGCAGAACGAUGGAUCAAAGACAAUCUACGCGACACAGAUUUACGAUUUCCAAAUUUCAAGACGAACUAA